AUGGCCUUACUGUCUGUGCUCAGGGCUGUUUUGCUAGGGAACAACUGUUCUAUGAGGAGUUCAGUGGGGAACUUCCUACUCAGAGAGAACAAGUUCAACCCCGAGGAAGAACUGGACCGUUGUGUGAGAGCCAGUGGACACAUUCAAGGGAAAAAAAUAGUUCUCAUAAAUACACCAGAUCUGCUUCAUCCAAACAACUCAGAAGACAAAAUUAAGGAACAUGUGAACAACUGUGUGAGGCUCUCUGAUCCUGGACCUCAUGUGUUCCUGCUGGUUCUACAGCCUGAAGACUUCACUGAGCAUCAAAAAACGAGACUCUGCAGAGUCCUGAACUUCUUCAGUGAUCAUUCCUUUGAUCAUUCACUGGUUCUGAUAUCACCACCCAGAGAGAGGCGUCCAGGUUUAGGGUAUAUGCUCAUGUAUCAUACACCUAUACAGGACAUGAUGCAAAGAUGUAAAAACAUGUCACUGCAGCUUGAAAACCUCACCAUUGAGGAGUUACUAGAAAACAUAAAAUGCAUUGUAAAGAGGAACAAUGGAAAACAUGUCAUCUAUCAUCACACCAGCGCUGAUCAAAGGAAAGAUGCUCCUGUUAAUAGACAUUAUGCUAAAUCUGUUGGAUGUGCACUCAGGAUUAUGCUCUGUGGAGGAAGCUCAGCGAAGAAGACAGCACUAUGUAACUUUAUUGUGAGGAAAACAGGUUUUGAUAUUUCAAGAUAUUCUGACACAAGGCAAGUUGUUCAGGGAGAGUGGAAAGGACAACCAGUUACAGUAGUGAAAACUCCUAACCUCUUUGGUAAGUCUUUGAAGGCCAUGAAUGAAGUGAUGAAGAGCUGUGUGAGUCUCUGUCCUCCUGGACCAAAUGUUCUGCUGCUCCUGGUGAAACCUUCUGAUUUCACUGAGGAGAACAGAAGAACUCUGAAGUUCAUCCUGAGUUUGUUUGGUGACUACACCUUUAAACACUCGAUGGUGAUCGUCACACAUGUGGAGACAAGUUUUGCUCUUACAUCACUCCUUAAAGAUUGUGAAGGUCGAUGUUACAACAUGAAUGAAGAUGAUCAUGAACAGUUAAUGGAGAUGAUUGAAAAAAUAAUACAUCAGAACAAAGGAAAAUUCCUCACAGUCACUGAAGAGUUUGACAGCGAGAGACCAUCGUUAAACCUGGUUCUGUGUGGGAGGAGAGGAGCAGGGAAGACGUCAGCAGCCAAGGCCAUUUUAGGUCAGAAAGAGCUUCAUUCAGUCUCCAACUCAUCAGAGUGUGUUAAACAUCAGGGAGAGGUGUGUGGACGUCGGGUUUCCCUGGUGGAGCUGCCUGCCUUGUAUGGAAAACCUCCGGAGGCAGUGAUGGAGGAAUCACUCAGGUGUAUCUCCCUCUGUGAUCCUGAGGGUGUCCAUGCCUUCAUCCUGGUCCUACCUGUGGCUCCCCUCACUGAUGAAGACAAGAGAGAGUUAGAGACCAUCCAGGACGCAUUCAGCUCUCGGGUCGAUGACUUCACCAUGAUUCUGUUCACCGUGGACUCAGAUCCUACAGAUCCAGCUGUUGGUAACUUUGUUAGACAAGACAAAUACAUUCAGAAGCUCUGUCAGACUUAUCGAGGACGAUAUGUUGUUCUCAACAUCAAGAAAAAGCAAACCAUCAUGAACCUUCUGCAUGAAGUGGAAAAUAUGAGAGCUGAAGGAUCCAAAUGCUUCACAAAGGACAUGUUCACCAAAGCUCAGAUGGAAAAGGUAACAAAAAUUAAAGCUGAACUGCAGCAAGUUAAACGCAGCAGUGUGGCUUCAUCUGAUGAUGCAAAUCAAACUGAACAGUCCAUCAGGAUGGUGCUGCUUGGAAAAACUGGCAAUGGGAAAAGUGCAACUGCAAACACCAUUUUGCAGAGAAAGGAAUUUUUAUCCAAAGCCAGUGGGAAAUCUGUGACCAGAGAAUGUCAGAAAGCCACAGGAGAGAUUGAUGGACGUCCUGUUGUUGUGGUCGACACCCCCGGCUUGUUUGACACGACUCUGUCCAGUUAUGAAGUUCGACAGGAGCUUCUGAACUGUAUCAGCAUGUUGUCUCCUGGCCCUCACGUGUUCUUACUGGUGCUGCAGAUCGGUCGAUUUACAGAGGAGGAAAAAGAAGCCGUGAAAAAGAUCAAAGAGAUUUUUGGAAAGAAGUCAGGAAACUUCAUCAUUGUUACCUUCACCAGAGGAGAUGAGCUUGAAGACACAUCCAUUGAAAGUUACAUAGAAGAAGACUGUCCUGAUUUUGUAAAAACUCUGAUUAAUGACUGUGGAGGCAGAUACUACGUCUUCAACAACAAAGAUCCAAAAAACCGUAGACAAGUGUCAGACCUGCUGAUGAAAAUUGAAGCCAUGUUGAAAGACAAUGGUGGCGGAUACUACACCACUGAGAUGUUCCAAGAGGCCGAGGCAGCGAUACAGAAGAAAGUGGAGAGGAUACUGAAAGAGAAGGAUGAAGACAUGAAGAGAGAGAGGGAGGAGCUUAAAAGGAAACAUGAAGAAGAAAUGCAAAAAAUAAAAAGAGAAAUGGAAGAACAGAUCUCUAAAUUUGAAUCUGAGAAAGAGCAGAGCUUGAAAAAACUCAAGCAGAUGGAGGAACGCAUUAACCAGGAGCGAGAAGAGAGAGAGAGAGAACAGAAAAUCAGAGAAGAUGAAAACAGAAAGAGGAAAGAACAGGAAGAAACUCAACAACAACAAUGGAAACUAAAACUGGAAACUUUGGAAAACCAAAUAGAAUCAGAAUCAAAGGAAGAGCUCAUCAGAGAGCUGGAGCAAAACAGAGCAGAAAUGAGAAGAGAGAGAGAGGCCUGGGAGAUGGAAAGGAAAGAAUGGUGGGACAAUAGGUAUCAAGAAAGUAAACAGAGACGAGAAGCAGAAGAUAAGAAAAUCAAAAAGCUGACAGAAAAAUAUGAAAAGGAAAAAGAAGAUUAUUACAGAAGAAUAAAAGAUGACUGUGUCAGAAUAGAACAGGAGGAAGGAAAAAGAAGAGUAUUAGAAAAUGACAACAAGAAAAGAAUGAAACAAAUGAAGCAGAAAUAUGAAGACGAGGCCAGAAAUCAAGCUGAAGAGCUCAAUGACUUCAAAGAGAAAUACACCAGUGACUUUGAAUCUCUGAUAGAGAAAUAUAAUGAGGAGAUAAGGGAUCUGAAGGAAACAUAUAAGAUGUUAAUGCAAAAGCAUGAGAAACACAAACAUGAGUAUUCUCAUUUGCACAAGGUCUCCAGUGACAAAGAAGAAAGACUAAAGAAAGAAUGGGAGGAAAUGCAGAAAAAGCAUGAAGAAAAAAUUAACAAAUAUAAACAAAAACAUAAAUGCAUCAUAGCCUGAUGACUUUAAACAGUGCAGCAGUAAAACAGAGAAGAACACAUGAGUUUCAUACCAGUGUUUGAAAGUGAACAUAAAAUAAAACAUGGAUCAUCACAAAGGACCUACAGUUGCCUCAGACCAGAGAGCGAGUGA